AUGACUUCGACUCUAAACACUGGUGUUCCUCCUAAACAGAUCCGUUUCGUCAACAAUCAGGGACUACCACCCUCCAAACGGAGAAGGAUAAGUGCGGCCUGCUACACCUGUAGGAGGCGCAAGACGAGGUGCGAUGGCACCCGUCCUACAUGUUCAACCUGCACCAAGAACGGCCAUUCAUGUCAGGGCUAUGAUGAUAUUCCGGACAGGAAAAGUGACGCCUCGCGCUCGUCUGACGUGAAGCGGGAGUAUGCAGGGGAAGACGACGGCGGUGAUAAGGACGAGGACGAGGAAGAUGGGAUUCCAGAAGACUGCGAUUCCCAACGGAUCGCCCACUCGGCCACGACCAGUAAUCUGCAGUCUGACACCUCCCUUAUGGAUUCUUCAUCCAACAGACAGCACGACGAGAGCAACAGGGUCCCCUACUUUAGGUAUUUUGGCCCGACUGCAAUAGUGCCCGGUUUCAAACAGAUGGUAGUCAAUGUGCCAUACCCCCGCAGAAGCAGAGGAGGCUCCUUCUCGGCAUCGUCGCCAACUGAGACCCGAUCCCAGGCCUCUCAUGGAACGCUGCACCAGGACGAUCCUGUGCUCGAGAACCCCGAGGAUCUGCCCGUAUAUGAUCCCAACGACCCCGGGCCGACGGAUCCCGCCAUCGUCCAACUGAUAGACACAUUUUUCACACACCUGGGCUGUAACUAUCCGUUCUUGCGCCGAGAAAAGUUUCUCAAGAUGGUCAGCGAGAAGAGGGUGGAACCAAUCCUGUUAGACGCAAUACUAGCCCUAGCUGCAAGAUUCCACAAGAAAAAGGACGACCGGGAGGCCAUGGGGCAUUUCUAUGCCCAGCGGGCAAAGAUGGCCACGGUGGACCCCUUCCCAUGCCCGACUGUUGGUGCUGUCCAGGCCUAUCUGCUGUUGGCGUACGAAAGCUUCGGCCAGGACCAGGAUAGUGCUCUGUGGGCUUAUCUCCAGCUUGCUAUUGGAAUGUCUAUCGAUAUAGGCUUGCCGAGGAAGGACGGUGUCAAGUAUCAAGGCGAGAAAGAUCCUUGGUACACACUCGCCUGUAUUCCAAAGUACGACGAAACUGAAGCAGGGCAUGACAAACAGAGUAAUGGAGAAGACACCCUUAGCCCGGAAGAGCAGGCCGAGGUUGAACAGGAGCGGAUCAACACUUUUUGGGCCGUUUUUGUUCUGGACAGAGUCAUAUCCUCAGGCACCGGGCGGCCUGUUCGGUUCAAGGACGAAGACUUCGAGAUACCUCUACCAGAACCGUCCCUGAUUUCCGACAAGGGCUGGCCUGCACCGUUCCCCGAUUUUAUCCGGAUUGUCCAUCUAUACGGACGAGUGUCGGAUGUUUUGAAUAAUGUUAGCGAUCCAAAAGAGCUUGCAGGGGAAAGCAUACAGGGAAAUCUCAGCAGCCUUGUCCAAGAGUUGACAUUGCUUCACCAGAGAUUGGACACUCGCCUCCAUUUCAACGCUGUCAACUUUCAGGAGUACUCAAGGGCUGGCCAGGGCACGACAUUCAUCUUGCUUCAUCUUUGGUUUCACACCUUGAUCAUCAUCCUCCACCAGCCCGCCGUCAUCUUUGGAGCAGUCGGGCAGAUCGAUGAUCUCAUGCCAAACGGCCGCGAGGUGGCCAUCUCGAGCGCCAGAUCGAUUGCGGAUAUCCUCUCGUUUGCUGAACUUAUCGACUCCAGAAGCGUCAUAGGAAAUCCUUUCACGUCCCAGCCCAUGUACAUAGCCGCCUGUGCCUUUCUGAUGCAGUCCGGUGCAGCGCAGUCCUCGGCACCGCCACAGACCGACGCGGAACCGGCUGGCCUGACGAACGGCUUUGCUUUCACGGCCAAGGAGAAGGAGGCGAAGCAGCCCAGCUCGCUGCUUGCUUUUGGGGCAAAUCAGAACUACCAACGGUGUUACAAGAGUCUUCAGCAGCUACAAUGCUAUUGGGGUGGUGUCAGGUACAUACUCACAGCCUUGGAUCAGAAGUCCAAGGGAAUCUGGGACUGCGAAACGUACACGCUCGAGGAGUACGCCAUGACCAAGAAAAUUUCAGGAAGACGAUCGUCUUCGCUGGGUCGGCUUCCUCGGGAAUUCGAGAUUCCUUCGAGUCCAAAUGUGCCGCCCAUGGUUGGCUUCUCUCUAACAGGCACAACCAACUCACCAAACUCGUCUCUCACCUGGGUUUACCAGAACCAAGCCAAUGUCGCAACGAGCCUACAGGGCCUCCAAGGCCAGCAACCGGUGCGACACCGCCCUACGUCUUCAGCCCAUCGCCAAGAGAUACCCACCGGGGCUGCAAUCGCAACGAAUCCCGAGCCAGGCUAUGAUUCUGGAAGCCAGCCUCCCGCUGCACCGGUACCCCUCACACCUCCGGGAAACCUGGCCUACGAACCUCUGCGGAACGAACCCCCACAAGCCAUAUACACGCCGGCCUACCCACAAGCACCCGUCUCAGCAAUGCGAUUUUCGCCUGUGUCAGCAGCAAACAUCUCACCCAAGCCCCGGUCACGGCAGAAGCGUAGAUCUAUAUCUUCAUUCAACAGCCCGAGGGCUGGCACAUCGGCCAAGGAGCCAUGCCGAUCUUGUCUACCUAGUGGUGAUGCCGCAAACGACCAUCACCCUCCUCUGCAUCUUCAUCGCCAGCUUGAUUCCAGCUCCGAGAGUACACCAAACGCUCCUCCUCCUCCGAGCACCACGAUAGGAAACAACAUAUACACGGCGGUGGCGCACUCAUCAGUGGCCAGCUAUGAGCCGUCCCCGGUUCCAAACGGCGGCGGGCCGUCCUCGAUGGCGGCGCUAUCAGGCAACACUGAUCGGCAGGCCGUCCAGUUCGAGCGCUCUCAGUCGGGAGGGUACUCGUCGCCCAUGAUGCAGACCGCCGGCGUUGUGACGCCAAGCAGCGGGUACUACCCUCAGCCUGCCGAUCUGACCUUUGACAGUCGCGAGAUCACAUGGGGCCAAGACCCGGCCGAGGCCAUGGCGCCGUGGCUGGUAGAGUACUUUUCGACCAACGACAUAAUUGGCCUCUUACACGCGAGCGGUGGCGGCGAAGAGAACAAUGGGGACUAG